UUCAUUUGCCAGAGCGUUUAAGCUUAGCUAGCCGCUAGCAAGAAACACCGAGACGGGAGUGUCACAGGGAGCAUAAACUUUCGCCAAACAAAAACAGCAAUACACCGGAUAAAUGGCCUCUUUGGGGGAAUCUGUCCGUCUGGAAAGAGACAUAUCUCGUGCCAUUGAGCUGCUGGACAAGCUCCAGAAAACAGGGGAAGUGCCUCCCCAGAAGUUGCAGGCACUGCAGAGGGUUUUGCAGAGUGAAUUCUGCAAUGCUGUGCGGGAGGUGUAUGAGCAUGUGUAUGAGACGGUGGAUAUAAAUAGCAGCCCAGAGGUGAGGGCCAAUGCAACGGCAAAGAAAUCGAGACUCAUCAGACCAGGCAACAUUUUUCCAGUCUUCAACUGUCCAAUUUUGGCUACAGUAGCUGCAUUUGCAGCGAGUGAGGGUCACUCUCAUCCUCGUGUGGUGGAGCUCCCAAAAACAGAGGAGGGGCUGGGGUUCAACAUCAUGGGUGGGAAAGAACAAAAUUCGCCCAUUUACAUCUCCCGUAUCAUUCCCGGAGGCAUCGCUGAUCGACACGGUGGUCUGAAAAGAGGAGACCAGCUGCUGUCUGUUAAUGGAGUGAGUGUAGAAGGAGAGCAUCACGAGAAGGCUGUAGAGCUGUUGAAAGCUGCUCAGGGCACAGUAAAGCUGGUGGUACGAUACACCCCCAAGGUCCUGGAAGAGAUGGAGUCCCGCUUCGAGAAGUUGAGGUCCGCCAAACGCCGGCAACAGAACAACUACCCCCAAUAGGGCACCUGUCCCGUUCCCCCCCAUGCCGUCUCAUUGUUUUUAAUUUUUCUGCCAUCUGACUUCCUCAUUCACACUUUCUCACCCUUUUUCUCUAACAAGGGAUAGCCACAUGUUUGGCACUCCUUUUUUGUGAAAUUUUCUAAAUCCUGUCGUCCUCCGAUUUUUGUUUAAGCACAUGCUUUCACACACUUCUUACUCAUAGCAUAAACACUACCUUGGCUCUUCAUGAUGUCACUCACGUCACACACGCGCUGCAUUAUUAAGAAUGUGUCGUUUGGGGUUUGAUUAGUUCGAUAUGCAAGGGGACCAUUGCAAUGUACAACUCCUGAGGUGAAUUGAAUGAAAAUGUCAAAAAGUGCCUCAAGAGAUUAUGCCCGCAGCCGGUAUGUUCCCAUCACAGGCUGUUUUGUGGUCCAAGCUCAAAUGAAUGAACAACACUAGCAUCUUAGUAUAAAAAUGUGUAACAGAAACUGAACUGAUUCGUCGAUUGUUGGUUUGUUUUUCUUGUUUGAUUUUCUAAAUAUCUGGGAAUGAAAAGCAGGUGAAACAUUUCAAAACCUCAUGUUGGGUUUGAUGACACAAGCAUCCUCAUCAGAGCUGUGUGCUUCUCAAAAUGUCAGCUGUAAAUAUUCCAUACUCAAGACAUUUUUACGGACACAAAUCCCAAAUUGUUUACAGUGGACGUUGAUACAAUGAUGUCCUUUUUAAUAAUGUUUUCAGUGGAAAAAUAUCUACAGUAAUUGGCACAUUACAUUUAGAAGUUAACCAACACUACGUUGUGAAAUUUUGCGUUGCAUUUAGACUAGUUACGUUACAUACAACAGUGCUUUUGAAUGAAUAUUUGUAAAUACAAUGUUUUCAAAAGGCACUAAGCAGUCCUGCCAUUCUGAGGAGAUGCUAGUGGCACUAUCUUGAUAGACAAAUAGAAAACUAUCUAAAAUUAAAAAAGAACACUGUCUCUUAAAAAGCACAUAGAAACGCAAUGUGGCAGUCUGUAGCUCUCAUGCAAGCCUGCGUUCAGUUUUUAUUUUUAGAAUUCAUUUCAAAGUUUGCAGCAGAAACACACGGUGUAAAUCUGUAGGGGGCAUCAGCAGUUGUAGUUGUUUUAUUGAUCAUUCAUGCAUUGUUUUAAAACGCUAUAUGAAUGUUAAUGUGGCACUUGCCUUUCAGCCCGCUAUGGUAUGCCCACUUCACACUGAUAAUAACAAAGACCUGCGUCAUGUUUUAGAAUCCAUUUAGCUUAAAUGGAUAUCAUAUCAUCAGCAUCUGAGCUUAAUUCAACCAUAAAUGAAGAAAUGAAUGUUUGAGAAUGUCAGCAUGCAUUUUUAUGAGAUGUGUCUAAAUGAAGCUCAAGUGUAAAUUGGUGCUGUCGUUUGUUUUUUAAUUUGUUUCCUCCCUUCUUUAAUUUAUUUGUUUCUAAAGAACCUAAAAUAGAUUCCUUAAGAUAAGGAAAGAUAUAAGAAUGGUUUUGUUUGAGUAUUUUAUAAUAGAAAAAGAACAUGUCUUAAAGGGAUAGUUCACCCGUAAAUGAAAAUCAUUUACUCACACUCUAGUUCUUCCAAACCUGUAUCAAUUUCUUUGUUCUGUUGAACACAGAGAAAGAUAUUUGGAAGAAUGUUAGCAAUUUUAGUUCUGGGACAUCAUUCACUACUAUAGUAGAAAAAAAAUAUUGCAUACUUUUGUUCUGUUGAACACAAAAUGAGGAAUUUAGGGAAGCAAACAGUUCUGGGAGACCUUUGACUAUCCUUUUAAUUUUCGUACUUUGGUAGUCAAUGAUGUCCCAUAACUGUCAUUUGCUAACAUUCUUCAAUAUAUCUUUCUCUGCGUUCAUCAGAACAAAGAAAUGUGUACGUGUUUGGAACAACCUGAGGGUGACUAAAUGAUGACAGAAUUUUCAUAUUUGGGUGAACUGUCCCUUUAACUCAGUAAAUUGUUCACCCAAUUUAGAAAUCGUCUGAAGCUAGUUGUUAGCAUUUCAGUCUUAUCCAGAUCCCCCAGUGGCUGGAUGUUGUUACACUCGUUACUUAAGAUGAACUUCUACUUGUUCGUGUUUUCGCCAAAUUUGAAUGCUUUGACAUUGAAAGAUUUGUCACGAGCCAGAAAUGCGUUUUUAAAUCUACUUUCACACUGCACUUUCACUUUGUACUCAUUUUGACAAAAUGCAACACGCUUGAUGUAUUUUAAACCUCAAACGCAGGUAUUUCAGUGUCUGACACACUUGGAAAAAAAAGGUCUAUUUUUCUCUGUCUCUCAUAAAAUAUUUAACAUGUCUAAUUAUAGAGGCCCAUGACUCACCCCGAGCUGUGAGAUACGUAGGUGUUUUGGGGGGUGAGAGAUAAAAGGGAGAUCUGACGUCUUGCAUGAAAGAAUCGUUUCUGUGGUGUAUAAGGUGGUGCUCAGGUUGAACGUUUCUAUAAUAUCACGAUGUUAAAGCCUCACGUAUCACAAGAGCAAUAAGACAUGAUGUUUUUCCUGUACUCAUCUCAAGCAGGUUACCCGCUCCCCGUUUAUACUCGGAAUUGUCCACAGGGGGCUGACAGACUAUUUUUGUAACCUCGUUUUCUUUUGAUAUUUUCUCCCUUUUUGAUAAGUGAUUUUUCACUCUUAAGAUCUCUUUUGCGAUAAACGCUUUGUAUUGAUUUACCUUGACAAAGUUCUCUGUUUCAAGACCAACCUUUUUCGAUGUCUGUUCAGCUAGUUGGAACUGUUUUUAUGAACCUGUUGUACUAUUAUAUUAUUUCAGGUUUCUGUCCUGCUGUAUUGUUACAUUAAUGUGGAUGUAUAAAGAGUGAUGAAAGUGGUUUUGUUUCGAGUUAAAUUAUACCGUUAGUUUGUGUC